GAUGGGCCCCCCCCCCCCCCGUCUCCCCGUCCGGACGGGGCAGCCGGGUGUUUUCGCUUUCUAUUUUAAGGAGCUGGAUGCGGCCCCAAGCGGAGGCCUGGCCGCUCCGUGCCACCCGCCUCGGAGGCCACCCCUGCGGCCCCGCGUGGCUUCCCCGGCUGGCUGGUGGCCACGGGGGGAGGCGAGACCCUGGGUGCCCAUCUCAUCCCCGUCCCCUUACUCAGCUCCGUCAUCCCGCACCCUGUCCCAGCCCGGGGGGAUUUGCGUGGUGCAAGCUCAGGCUGUGGUUCCCCGUGCCUCAGUUUCCCCUGUGCAGCACCCCUGGGGAGGGCGGAGGGGAUGCCCGAGCAGCCGGGACCUGCUGGGCACGCGGGAGCAGAGGGGUCCCCGUCCCGCGCACGGCCCCACCCUGGCUGGAGUUUCUGGGGGGCUUUCGGGGGGGGCUGUGGUGGGAACGUCCCCAAUUCUCCCACCGGGUGGGUGCCUGGUGGGGGGGCUGCUUCUCUGCAGGGAGGCACGUCGCUGCGAAGGGGACAACGUGACAGGGGUGGGGACGUGUUUGCAAAGGGACCCGUUGCUGGGAGGUGACGGCACGGCAGGGGAUGCGGCUGGCGAGAAAGGCAGAGAGAAAAGCAGAGAGCGGCUGGGUGCCCGUCGGGGCUGGGGACAGGGACGGGGACAGGAGGUGAUGCCACCUCUCCCCGGGGUGGCCACCGCGGCCCCCAGCCGGCGCAGGGGGGCCGGGAGCGCGCUCCUCGCGCUGUGUCCUGCAUUCUUGGCAUUAUUCUCCUUUUUUUCCUCCUCCUCCUCCACCCCGGGACGCGCUCUCAAACCUCUCCAUUUAUGGCCAGGAGCUCAGCGCUGCUGGUUCAGGGGCGAGGCUGCAGGGGAAGGCUGGCGGUGUCCUUGGGCCACCGAGGAGUCACCGGGGCAGGGUGAGAUGACUCCGAAGCGGCUCCGGAUGACGAAACGCCCUGAUUCAUUCAAAUCACUAAUAUUAAAAAUAAAUAAAUAA